AGGAGCUGAAGAGCGCACACCAGAAGAACAUGGCCGAGCUGGAGAGGAUGUACAUCGGCCAGCAUAGGGAGAGUCCUGCAGAGGAGGAAGAGGAUGGAGGAAGAGCCAACAGAGAGAACAGACUGUCUAUCAGCAGUGGCCCUGUCAGGAAACUCCAGAGGAUCAAUUCCCAGGAGGAGCUGGACUUCCACGACUCAUCGAGCGGUUCGGACCAAUCAGAGCUUUACGGAGCGAGCAGCACGGGGGAUCUGGAGCUGGAAAAUCCCAGAACAGCUGGCCAGGACCGAACCUUUGAGAGAGACUUCCUACUGAGCCCAGAAGAAAUGACGACCCAGAAGCAGUUUCGGUUUAAGCCCAAGGCCUCCUGUCCGAAUCCAAAGGGGAGAAUUUCACGUCCAACUGGGGUCAGGGUCAGGUCCAACUUCAACGUCACCGUGCCCAAACCCUUCCAGAUGAUGCUGAGAGAGGAGGAGAGGAAGAGGCACAAGGUGCGCACUCGCUCGGAGAUCCAGCUGGAGAACACUUUGCUGAAACGGGAGCUUGAGGAGCUCCAAGAGUGUCAGAAAAAGUUCAGGGCGUCACCAGCACCGGCGCACAUCCAUCAGCCGCUCUACGAAGUGAUCAGCCGUCGUCUCAGCCAGCGAUCCACCCGCAGCAAAGGAAGCAGAAAGAACACGAACAGGAACCAGAGCAUUGCCGAUGCUUCUCCACAGCCUUUCCAUUUCCUGGAGAGGGAGAGGACGAAGAGGGAGGCGAAGAUUGUUGCAGAGCUGGGGAACCUGGGGCUGAAAGAGGAACGACAGGCCUUUAAGGCGAGACCCAUGCCCAGCUCGGUGUAUGGAAGCAAACACAAGGCGAACAUCAAGACCACAAGCCGCCAGUUUACAGACAUCUGCACACAUCUGCACACGGAGGGUCAAAGGGACCCAAACUCUGACGCCUCUCCUGACUCCUGUAAGCCUCAGACAUGGCCCUCCUCAAAGCCAGUGAAGAAGCAGAUAGAGGUUUCCAUUGAGAUGGUGAAAGGAGAGGGAGUGGUGUCAGAUUGACUCGCUUAAAGCCAAAAACAUGUAGUGACCUCUGCAGCCAGGGACGGCUGAGCGCGUUAGGACUGACUGUAUCACUAUCAUAGACUGUGUUCAUAAAUAUAAGACAUAAGGGGGGGGGGGGUCUUCUGCACAUAGUGGGUGAUUAUAGGUUAUUAUUUAUUUUGCAUGUUGUAGCUGACAAAGUGGAAUGACACAUUGCACUGUUUCCCUAAAGAUGGGUUCAAUUAUUACUGUCAUCUUCUUCUUCUUUCUGUGUAUGUAAAAUGUGUCAAUGUACAAAUCUGUCAUUAAAAUUAUGUAC